CAGCAAGAUACCGUACAAAAUGUGGCCUAGCCGGCUCGCACGAAAGAAACUACCCGAGAAUGUCAUAGGCCAGCCUCAAACAGCCUCGCUUGAAGAGAACUCCAAUCGCAACGUUGCAGUACCGCAGACUGGCGUAGAAAGCAGCAAAACCCAGAUCCUGUGGCGGUGCCUCAAGGUCGCGUCCUUCUUCCUGCUGCUCUGUGUGUUCUUGUACCAGGCGUCGCGCAUCACAGAGGAGUACCUUUCCUACCCGACUGCAGUCGAUGUCAAGAUGGAAGGGCAAGGGACCCUCAAGUACCCGGGAAUCAGUUUCUGCGUCACCAACUGGGUAAAUAGAAGAAUAUUUUGCGAACGGUACAAGUCGGCUUGCAAUUUCAGCGAUACUCGAUGGCGGGAGAAGAUCCUCCUGAUCCUGGAGACAGAACCCAAUUUGGUUGACGUGGCCGUUCGACCUGAAGACGUUAUACAGUUUGGAUUCCUCAACCCGACCUUCUAUUUCGUCGAGACGUACUUUCGCAAAGAAUCGGUCCAGCUUUCAUUUUCGAAGCUACCGAAGCACAUGUGCUUCACGAUGGACUGGAGAAAAGAGCAAUUUAUGAAGUUCGUCCACCAGAAUCCCCUGAUAUUCCAGGCCAAGCUGCUCUUCUAUUGGAUUCCCGACGAGAUCAUCGUCAUGGAUCCGUACGAAAUGGAUAUCGGCUUUCACGACGUGGACAGCACGUCAGCCGGCAUGAAGCAUGCCAUUGUGGUAGAGCCUUCUGGCGAGUACAUCUUCUCGCUCGAACAGAAAGUCGUCAACUACCUACCGGCGCCGUAUGACACAAAGUGCACAGACUACGCUAAGCAACGUUUCCGCUUCCAUUCCACCAUCUACACAAAAGAACUUUGCUACGAAGAGUGUAGGGCAAAUGUUAUUCAGCAGUCCUGCGGUUGCUUGCUUCAAGACUAUGCGUUUCGUCAUGAGAUGAAUGACACGGCCUGUACUCAUCAUCAAACAGCCACAUGCGUGCAAAAGAGCCGCCGGAAAAUGGUUGAGACCUGCAACAAGAAAUGUGGGAAAGGUUGCAAAGAAUACAUAUAUGAAACGAAGCAGUCAUUCUGGUUGACUUAUAACCCAGAAAUUGAAGGCGAAUAUUACAUCCGACUAAAGUUUUUGAUGACAUCAAGAUCUGUUGAUGUUAUGCAGAUCAUUCCCCUGAUACAGGGAACGCAAAUUCUCGGCAUCAUCGGAGGCUAUCUAGGCCUCUGGUUAGGCCUUUCCAUCUACCUUAUUUUGUACACCACAGCCAGAUGGAUCCUAGGAUCGCUUCGCCAAAAGGCCAGAUCGGUGCUUGGACGAGCGAGGAAGAACGUAAUUGAAGUAGUAUACGUACGUUGUCACUUCUUGGACCGCAGCAUCAUGUGCUUCUUGGAGACGGUGAGGACGCUGGCGUACAGCGGCUGUCUCGUGGUCUGCUUUUACUCUGUCCACCUGGACUACACGAGCUACCAGCGGUUCGAGACGACGGUGGUGCUGCAACAGAGCUCCAUGGAAGGCACAAAGUUUCCGGCCGUCACCGUCUGCAACAAGGAGGCGACGAACCUAUCGAGAAUUUGUUGGGAACAUACUGGUAAAGGGUGCAGCACGCUUGAUACGUCGUACUUCCAAGAAGCGAUCCUGAACAACCGGUUGCACAUCAUGAAAGAGAUCAUCAAGUACUCGUACCCGAUCGAAAACCUGGUCCUGGACUGCGUCAUGAAGACAACUGCCGACACGUGCGAAGGGUUCCGGUGCACCAAUAUGUGGUUCAUCGAAUACACCUUCUACAAGACAGGUGUCUGCUACACCUUCGACCCAUCACACUCGCCCAUUUAUCGCCGAUGCACCGAGCCCUGGAAAUACCAAGUCACGUUCCGCCUCGCCUCCGAGAUCGAGGGCGGCCCGGCCAAGGAGGCCACGAUAUCUGCCCUGGUCCACGAUCAGAAACUUUUCACGGGAGGCAUCAGCAGCUCCGCCAUGUUCCGAGCGGGCAAAACGUACAUUCUUACGGCACACCAGACUGACGUGAUAUCCCUGGAAGCCCCGUACGAAACUCAGUGCACCGAUUACGUAAGGCUGACCAGGAUUUGGAACUAUACAAGCGACAUUAUCCAACCAGAGGAGUGCAGCGAGAAAUGUCUGGCGGACUUGUGGAAGAGCAAGUGCGACUGCUACCCGAAGCUGUACUCCAUGAAGCACGUUCUGAAAGGAAACCUCUGCGAAUACCUCUCACAUCUGAAGUGCAACGAUUACAUGAAGUCUAUGAACUGGCUUCCUGACUGUCAAAGCCAGUGCACGCGGCCAUGCAGAGAGACCCGGUACAGCUCCCUCAGUUUCCAGACAGGAACUCUUCCUGACUACAUAAAAUACCCGAGCAAAGAAAUUGAGAUUUCAGUCAUUAUGGGUACCACACGGAGGAAGAUUGUGCAGACCCUUCCACGGAUGCUGCGCUCCGACCUGGUGACUUACAUCUCGGGUCACGUGAGCAUGUGGCUCGGGGCUUCGUUGCUUCAGCUGAUUGACAUCCUGACACAGCUUUACAGGAAACUACGUUUCAACAGCGCGCCGAUCACAGAGGUUUCUUUUUACGUCGCUUCUAAGGCCCAGAAGCGGAUGAAGAUGGAAGAAAUGUAAAGCUUCAAGAAGUGAUCCAGAUGAAUGAGUUCAAGGCCCAAUGCACCAGCAAGCGCAAUACUAAAU